AUGGGCGAGUACUCGAAAGCACUUUCAGCGCUAGAAAGAUCACUUGAAAUCCAAAAAAUAUCUCUCCCUUCAAAUCAUCCUGACUUGGCUGCUUCCUACAACAACAUUGGUAAUAUGUAUAUUAAUAUGGGCGAGUACUCGAAAGCACUUUCAUCGUACGAAAGAUCACUUGAAAUCCGAAAAAUAGCUCU